CAAAAAACUUAUUUAAUUACCUUUAGAGAAAUAUCACUUUCAGCUAUUGUCCACCUAUAACAUGUAUUUAAAAACUGUCACAAAGUCGCUUUCUGUCACAAAGGAGCAGGUUGGACUCUGGGGUGGCCGCUCUCCAUGGUGCUGAAGUCCAGCGCGCGCGCCGGCGGGCUCCUACAAACGCGCGCGCAAUUGCAGGCGGGGUUAUCUUGCUAACUGGAAAACAAAGCACACUGAGUCCAGGGAGCAGCUGCUGAUCCUGUGGGUUUCAGGUUGCGCUCAACGGAAACCUCUGAGCGCUUCCCACAAAGUUUGGGUGAAGUUGCAGCAGCUGCCCGGCCUCAUGAGCGGCGCACAGACUGCAACAUGCCCUGCCUUCGGCCAGCCGGAUCAUCCACGCAAAGAUAAGACGAGGGGAGUUCAGCUUCAAUAGUUUGUGAAUCCCGCAAGUGUUGGCUCAGCGGUGGACCAUGAGGGUGUGUAACCGGGGGAUGAUGAUGCUUUUGACCACGGCGGGAGCCUUUUGCGCGUUCAGCCUCAUGACCAUCGCCGUGGGCACGGACUACUGGCUGUACUCUCGUGGGGUGUGCCGCUCCAAAAACCUGAAUGACAACGAGACAGUCCACAAGAACGAAGAGGUCCUGACCCACUCCGGUCUGUGGAGAACCUGCUGCACUGAGGGGAUAUUUCGAGGUGUUUGCAAAAACAUUGAUCACUUUCCUGAUGAUGCAGACUAUGAACAGGAUGCUGCAGAGUAUUUACUACGGGCAGUUCGGGCCUCCAGCCUCUUCCCCAUCCUCAGUGUGGGAUUGUUAUUUCUUGGAGGGGUUUGUGUGGCUGCCAGCGAGUUCUACAAGUCACGAUACAAUGUCAUUCUCACCGCUGGCAUUCUCUUUGUCUCUGCAGGUCUCAGCAACAUCAUUGGCAUCAUUGUCUACAUAUCAGCUAACUCAGGUGACCCCAGUCAGAGUGACAACAAGAAGAGCUACUCCUACGGCUGGUCCUUUUACUUUGGAGCUCUGUCCUUCGUGCUUGCUGAGAUAGUGGGGGUCCUGGCAGUACAUGUGUUCAUAGAAAGACACAGGCAGCGGCGCACUAACGGAAGGCCUUCCCUCUUAAAGCCUCCCAUCUCCCGUAACUCUUCAUAUUACCGUGACCGUUACUAUCAGAACCGCAGCCGGCGCUGCAGUCACAAAAGCACCCUCAGCACUGGAGACACCAACUCAAACACUUAUCAGGCCCCCUUGGUCAAUGACCGGGCACCAUCCGUCUCUCCGGACAGCAAAGUUGCUGUCAUGGCAGGUUUGCAAACGCCAAUGACUCUGGACUCGGAGUUCUUGCUGUACACCCUAACAUCGCCUCUCAAGGAUGGAAGGAUCACCAUGAGUUUGGAUGAUUUGACAACUUCAGUCACUCUCAACAACACAGAGAUGCUCCCAGGAAACACUGCUUCCAACAGGAGGACUACACCUGUCUGAGAGGAGAGGCAAUGCAUUGAGAACACGAGACGCACGCGAAGGGUCACUGAGAGGACAACACUAAUAACAAUAAUGAUGGUUCUCUUGAUGUAGAACUCAGCUCUACUUUUCUCAAAUAAUUAUGUUUUUCAAUGUUAUGACGGAAGCUCAUUUUUAUAGAUGCCAUCGGCAGGAAUGAAAUAACACUUUCAUUUUUUUGUAUCCACAAUGUUCACUUUUUGCAGCUCAGCUCUACCACGCAUCUGUAACUUCUGUGCAAAUGAGAGUGAAUGUGUGCUUAUGGGAGGACGGGCAGAAUGGGGUAAAAAUGUCAAAAGUAACAACCACACAAACAGAAAUCACUGCAAAUACAUUUAGCAUAACCAUAAGCAUUUCACAUGUGUCUGCCCUCUUUUUGUAUCUCAAAUGCUUAAAAUUGUUACCCUAAUAGAUGCAUUAAAGCCCAUACCCAUCUGUGCCUGACUGUGCUGGAGUGUGCAUUGUAUGCAGGUGCAACCAUAUGUGUAAAAAACAAGAUUUUGCUAUUCUGAAUGUGUCUUUCACUUUGUAUUUGCGUUCAAUAAAGGAACAUUAAGGAAAACUAAAUGUGUUUUGAGGUGCAGCACAACCGUUUCUGUUACUAAAGCGCUGCGA